AUGUCGGUCCCAAGCGCACUAAUGAAACAGCCUCCUAUUCAAUCUACGGCUGGGGCCGUCCCUGUUCGCAAUGAGAAAGGUGAGAUUUCAAUGGAGAAAGUGAAGGUAAAACGUUAUGUGUCGGGCAAGAGGCCAGACUAUGCUCCUAUGGAGUCCUCAGAUGAGGAGGAUGAAGAAUUUCAAUUCAUUAAGAAAGCCAAAGAACAAGAAGCAGAGCCUGAGGAACAGGAGGAAGAUUCAUCUAGUGACCCUCGGCUACGGCGUUUGCAGAACCGUAUUAGUGAAGAUGUAGAAGAGAGAUUGGCUAGACAUCGGAAAAUUGUGGAACCUGAAGUGGUAGGAGAAAGUGACUCAGAAGUAGAAGGAGAUGCUUGGCGCAUGGAACGAGAAGACAGCAGUGAAGAAGAAGAGGAAGAAAUCGAUGAUGAGGAAAUAGAACGGCGUCGUGGCAUGAUGCGUCAACGAGCACAGGAGAGAAAAAAUGAAGAGAUGGAAGUCAUGGAGGUGGAAGAUGAGGGCCGUUCUGGGGAAGAGUCAGAAUCAGAGUCUGAGUAUGAAGAGUACACAGACAGUGAGGAUGAGAUGGAGCCUCGUCUUAAGCCAGUAUUCAUUCGAAAGAAGGACCGAGUAACGGUUCAAGAACGUGAGGCUGAAGCAUUGAAACAGAAAGAGCUGGAGCAGGAGGCAAAACGCAUGGCUGAGGAGAGGCGCAAGUACACACUGAAGAUUGUAGAAGAGGAAACCAAGAAAGAACUAGAGGAGAACAAGCGGUCCCUCGCUGCACUGGAUGCACUCAAUACUGAUGAUGAAAAUGACGAGGAAGAAUAUGAGGCAUGGAAAGUUCGGGAGCUUAAGAGAAUCAAGAGGGACAGAGAAGAUCGAGAAGCGCUUGAGAAGGAGAAAGCAGAAAUUGAACGCAUGAGAAACCUGACUGAGGAAGAGAGGCGAGCUGAGCUUCGGGCAAAUGGCAAAGUCAUUACUAACAAAGCUGUUAAAGGCAAAUACAAGUUUUUACAGAAGUAUUAUCACCGGGGUGCCUUCUUCAUGGAUGAGGAUGAAGAAGUAUACAAAAGAGAUUUCAGUGCACCCACCCUGGAAGAUCAUUUCAACAAAACCAUUCUUCCCAAAGUUAUGCAGGUCAAGAAUUUCGGGCGCUCUGGUCGUACCAAAUAUACCCACCUUGUGGAUCAAGACACCACCUCCUUUGACUCAGCAUGGGGCCAAGAGAGCGCCCAGAACACAAAGUUCUUUAAACAAAAGGCAGCUGGGGUACGAGAUGUAUUUGAACGUCCUUCUGCCAAGAAACGGAAAACAACUUAAAGUUCAACUACUUACUCUUCCAGCUGAAGGACAAAGGGAGGUCUCAGAACCUGGCCCUUGAUUUGCUCUUAAUGUUAUAUAAAGGGCCCCUGUAAUUCAGCCUGUUGGACCUACCACCAUACUUGUGACACUGGGCAACCCAGUUUUUGAAGGUGUUUUGUGAGGUUUGGACUCAUGCUGAGAAACCCACAGGAAAGCACUAGGCAAGUAGGAGUAGAGGCUUCCCACAUAAAACUCUUUCUGAGAAAUGUUAGGUUUCAUCACAGCUCUGGCUUCCCAAAUUUACUUGGGACUGUUCCACGUUUUUCUGGUGCCUUAGCUUGGGCUAGAAACAUGAGCAUGUAAGUUGUGGACUGUUACCUCCACCAUACAGGAAACCUACGCUCACUGCAUUUUUGGAGUCAGCUUUUCUAGGUGAUCAUACUUUUGAACCAUUCGUGUGUAUGUAUCAAGAAAUAAAGGAAUCAUACACCAAGAGGCUUUUAGAAUGAUACUGCAGAUAAAAUGUGUAGGCUGACAAGUAUCAACCCGUUAAUUAAAAGCAGGGAAUUGUCAGGAAAGGCUUAUCUCACAUUUUGACCAUUCCCUUUUUCUCAUAGGCUCAGAUGCUAGACUAGCUGUAUUCUGAGUGGUACCCAGAUUUAUUCCAUGGGCAAAUACAUAUAUGGUUGUCCUUGCUCUCUAUAAACUGUAGCUAUAUAUAGAACAAAUGUUGACCCAUGAACUGGAGAAGCCAAGUACCUACCAGUGUCUUCUUGCCCAGCUCAAAUAUCAAGGAAGGCAUAGCACUGUCCAUGUUGCAAUGUAGUGACAACACACUGAAGUUAAAUUCAGUGAUUUUUCCAUUUAAUAUUUAAACAAUAACAAACCUGCACAUGGCAGAGCACUAGGUGCUUUGAGAAGUGACAUUUAACCAAUAGGAAGACUAUUUCUCAAUUGCAUAAAAAAUGGGAAGGACAAGGUCUUUUCACCCUUUAAAUUCUUAAAUGUCCUAGAAUUAAAAGUAUAAAUAAUUACUAUGGGGUAAUAAACACAUAAGGAUGAGUAUGUCACUGUUAUGUGUGCCAGAGGAGGAUAAAAUCUAAGAAUUAUUGUAGAACCAAAAGACCUUGAAAUUCUUUUGGGAAAGAGUGUUUAUUGCUGCCAUUUGAAUGUCCUCUGAGGCAGAUAACUAGGCUAAGCUUUUUACAUUCACCAGCUCAUCGAUUCUUGUAAUAACCCUAUGGGUAUGUAUCAUAUUAUAGUUGAGAAAACAAGCUCAGCAAGGGUGACUUGACAAAAGAUUAACUUUUUUAAAGAAAAAUUUUCUUCUCUCCAGGAUAGGAAAUGAGAUGGAAGGUGUAAAUGUCAUGGUUCAGAAUUAAAAUAGUAAUCUACUUUGUAAACUAAAAUCUUUCAUAUAUUAAUUUUACAUAAGACUAACUGAUGUCUUCUAUGUUAUGUACUGUGUUUCCACCUUUGUACCUAAA